UUGAUAGGACGUCAAAUUACAAAGUAGCAAUGUCGGAAACGCAAGGAAAACAAGUUAUUUGCAACAAAAAGUAAUAGAUUACACAUACGAUGAGCGAACCAAAAAAACUGCCUGCCUCGACGCCACCAGCAGCGCCGUCACUCACAGUACAAGCACCGUCACUCACAGUACAAGCACCGUCACCCGCAGUACAACCACCACAUGCUACUGGGACGUUCUCAUCGCCACCAGGAGCGCCGUCACCUACAGUAAAAUCAUCACAUUCUGCUGGGACGUCCACAACUUUACUAGCAGCGCCGUCACCCAUAAUACAACUACCAUAUGUCACUAGGACGUUCUCAGCGCCACCACCAGCGCCGUCACCUGAAGUAAAACCAUCAAGUGCUACUGGGACGUCCUCAACACUACUAUUACCGCCGUCACCCGCAAUACAACCACCACAUGCUACUGGAACGUUCUCAACGCCACUAGCGGCGCCGUCACCCACAGUAAAAUUAUCACAUUCUGCUGGAACGUCCACAACUUUACUAGCAGCGCCGUCACCCGUAAUACAACUACCAUAUGUUACUAGGACGUUCUCAACGCCACCGCCAGCGUCGUCACCUGAAGUAAAACCAUCACAUGCUGCUGGGACGUCCUUAGCGCUACUAGCAGCGCCACCCGCAGUACAAGUGCCGUCAACCGCAGUAAAAGCGCCGUCACCCGCAGUACACGUGCCAUCACCCACUGUACAAGUGCCAUCACCAGCAGUACAAGCGCCGUCACCCGCAGUACAUGCGCCGUCAUCUGCAAUACACGCGCCGUCUCCCACUGUACAAGUGCCGUCACCAGCAGUACAAGUGCCGUCACCAGCAGUACACGCGCCGGUACCCGCAGUACACGCGCCGCCAUCUGCAGUACACGCACCGUCUCCCACUGUACAAGUGCCGUCACCAGCAGUACAAGUGCCGUCACCAGCAGUACAAGCGCCGUCACCCGCAGUACACGCGCCCUCUCCCACUGUACAAGUGCCGUCACCAGCAGUACAAGCGCCGUCACCCGCAGUACAAGUGCCGUCACCCGCAGUACAAGUGCCGUCACCAGCAGUACAAGCGCCGUCACCCGCAGUACAAGUGCCGUCAUCCGCAGUAAAAGCACUGUCACCCGCAGUGCAAGCGCCGUUACCCGCAGUACACCCGCCGUCACCCGCAGUACAAGCGCCAUCACCCACAAUACAACUAUCACAUGGUACUGGGACGUUCUCAACGCCACCAGCAGUGCCGUCACCUGCAGUAAAGCAAUCACAUGCUGCUGGGACGUCCGCAAAACCUCCAGCACCCUUGCUAGCACGCGUUACUCAAACAACCGUUACCCCAGCAGCCACUCCCAGAAGCUUCAGGAGCAGUUGCCCUGCUGGUGAUGUUCCCUUCUAUACUGUCAUUGCAGGAAUGGUGGGUCUCUUUAUACGAGCCGUAUACCGAGACUAUCGAGGGUAUCAACGCGAAACAGGAAAGAAUAAUUAGAGAAGAGGAGAAUAAACCGUUAUUAGCAGAUGAAAAGGGGAAGGAAAAGUCUCAGGAAGUCGUUGGCUUACGAACCAGAAAUUUGCUGUUUUGAAUCAGGCAUGCUAUUUUAAUA